GCUGCCUGAUUCAUUUGGCAGGAGCGCUAUGGCGGGCUGAAUGGGCUCACCAUCGCCUGGACUGGAGAUGGAAACAAUGUCCUGCACUCUAUCAUGAUGAGUGCUGCAAAGCUGGGAAUGCAUCUGCAUAUUGCGACUCCCAAGGGUUUUGAACCAGACCUCAGAAUAACUAAAGUAACUGAACAGUACUCCAAAGAGUAUGGUACCAAGUUACUUCUCACAACAGAGCCUUUGGAAGCUGUAGACGGUGCCAAUGUCUUAGUUACGGAUACUUGGAUAAGUAUGGGACAAGAAGAGGAAAAGAAAGAAAGACUAAAGGCAUUUCAAGGCUAUCAGAUUACAAUGCAGACUGCAAAAUCUGCUGCUUCCAACUGGACUUUUUUACAUUGCUUACCCAGAAAACCUGAAGAAGUUGAUGAUGAAGUAUUUUAUUCUCCACGAUCAUUGGUUUUUCAGGAGGCUGAAAACAGAAAAUGGACAAUUAUGGCUGUCAUGGUUUCCCUGCUGACAGAUUACUCACCACAGCUACAAAAGCCUACAUUUUGAUGCUUGGAUUCCUGCCAAGAGAAAAAUAUUCCUCAUUGGCAGAAUAUUCUGGUCUGCAAAUACAUAGAUCUUCUUCAGAGAGGCAAGGCAAUGAAUGAUUCUUUAAUAAAACCUUAUAGUUAGCU